UAGUUAGUCAGUCUAAGAGAUAAAAUGGGUUAAAAAGAAAAAAAUCUUCCCACAUUUUCAGCACUUGCGUCAGAGCCUGUAAUGCUUAUUUUAAAGCAUAUUGGGUCAUAAUUUACUGGAGUCCAAAGGGUAAAUAAAUAUUUUUAUCUAAUCCUGUGUGAAAAUUUGUCCUUCAGGGAAUACAGAGCAUUAUUGUCCCGCUAAUCCACGUCAGGAUUAGGUUAAAGCCUCCAUCGCACUGGAAUACCACAUUCAGAGUACCAUGGCAACGGGAAGACUUGGUGGGGUAAAUCAUGAAUGGGGCACGCAGAUCACUCGGCUCCUCUGGUGUCGUUUUAAAAUGCGCUGCUCAUUUGUGUCUGAUUUGUAUUCUGUGCGUGGAUCUCCGUCUGCGUGGUUGCUGCUAAUGCGCGGUCCGUGAGCGCGUCACGAGACAGUGGGCCGAGGUUAUAUUUAGGCUCUGGGAGGAAAAUAACGGCUCAGGGUGAUUCCUCUGAGUGCCGGACUGGCUUUGUCAAGGAUCUGGACACUAGAGCGCAGAAAGGAGGAGGAGGGGGUGGCUCUCGCUACUGCUGCUGCUGCACACAAAUACCAAAAUAGGAUCGAGCUGCCUGCGACAGUCCUGAGCUAAAUUGAGGUUCAUGUGUUUUGGAGAGGAGCGCUUAGAGGAGCGUCGGUGGGGAACAAACAUCCAUGGAAAUAUAUAAGAUAUAAUGUCUAAUAAAAACGAGAUCUACACAUAUGACUUCUGUGACGGGGAGCAUGCUGCGGAGCUCCUGGAGGCUCUCAGGCAUUUCUACAUGCGCGGCCUGUUCACCGACGUGACCCUGCAGUGUGGCGAGUCCGGUCAGGUGUUCCACUGCCACAGAGCGCUGCUGGCGGCCCGCAGCUCCUAUUUCAAAGUCAUGUUCACGGCCGACAUGAGGGAGAGGUCCGACAGCGUCAUCAAGCUGAGCGGCGUGGACUGCGCUGUGCUGGGCUCCCUGCUGGACUACGUGUACACAGCCCGGGUGCGCGUCACCGAGAGCAACGUGCAGAGCCUGCUGGAGGCUGCGGACCUCCUGCAGUUCAGCAGGGUCAAGCAGGCGUGCGAGGAGUUCCUCAUCCGCCUCCUGGAGGUGGACAACUGCCUGGGCAUGCACACCUUUGCUGAGCUCCAUCAGUGCCCCAGGCUGCAGAGGGAGGCCCGCAGAGUGAUGCUGAGCAGGUUCCCGGAGCUCAUGGAGCAGGAGGAGUUCUUGGAGUUGGACCAUGAGAAGAUCAGGUCUGUUCUGGCGGAUCAGAGCCUCACUGUGCAGGGAGAUGAGACGCUGAUAGAUGGUGUGGUCAGGUGGGUGUCCCAUGACUUGGAUAGUCGGGUUCACUGCGUGUCAGACCUGCUCCACUCUGUCCACCUGAGUAUGGAUCACAUUUACUUCAACACUUCCUUGGAGGUGCACAGGCAAUAUCUAACAAAAAACGGUGGAAAGUUAAAAUCCACGAUUGUUCAGGCGAUGAGGUCAAAUGGCAAGGAGAUUCCCCCAAGCAGAAAAAUUUCCCCCAGUAUGUACAUCAUUGGAGGAUACUACUGGCACCCUCUGUGUGAAGUGCACAUCUGGGAUCCUGUCAGCAAUACGUGGGUGCAGGGGAAAGACAUGCCUGACCCUGGAAGAGAGAGCUACAGCGUCAGCCUGCUUGGUGCAAACAUCUACGUGACUGGUGGAUACAGGACUAACACUGUUGAAGCACUGGACACUGUUUCAGUUUAUAACUGUGACUAUGAUGAAUGGACAGAGAGUUGUCCCAUGAUUACUGCCAGGUACUACCACUGCUCAGUGGCUCUACAUGGCUGUGUUUACACCAUCGGAGGCUACAGAGGAGGAGCUCCAGAGCAAGAGACUGAAUUUUAUGAUCCUUUGAAAAAGAGAUGGUUUCCAGUGGCCAAAAUGAUCCAAGGUGUAGGAAAUGCCACUGCAUGCGUAAUGGGAGAAAAAAUCUACGUGACUGGAGGCCAUUAUGGGUACAGAGGAAGCUGCACCUAUGAGAAAGUGCAAGUCUACAGACCAGACGUCAAUGAAUGGAGCAUCGUAACACUAAGUCCACAUCCAGGUAAGGGUAAUCGAAAGGGACAGAAAAGGAGCAUUGAUUUGUUCAGAGCUGAUUACUUGUGUUUGAAUCUUCUGUUUUCAGAGUAUGGCCUUUGUUCUGUGUCUCUCCACAACAAGCUGUAUUUGGUCGGCGGACAGACGACCGUUGCGGAUUGCUACGACACAGAGAGCGACGAAUGGCGGCCCAUAUCAGUGAUGAAGGAGAGGAGGAUGGAGUGUGGGGCUGUGGUGAUAAGUGGGUGUAUUUAUGUAACAGGGGGUUACUCCUACUCAAAGGGAACGUACUUACAGAGCAUUGAGAAAUAUGACCCUGAGCUGGACUCGUGGGAGAUGGUAGGGACUCUUCCCAGCCCCGCCAGGUCACAUGGUUGCGUAUGUGUUCAUAGCGUCCAUUGACGUUUUUCACAUUUUUAUGUAAUUUAUUUUACAAAAUAGAUGGAAUUGUCUAUUCACAGCAUUCACUAGAGUUUGAAAAAGUCUGUGGAUGACAAAAUGAUCUGUUAAGCUGUUCAGGGUACAUUUGCCAAAGUGAUAUAUGAAAAUCUCAGGGGUCUCUCAAUGAGUAUUGUAGUUGUCUUUUAACAAUUGUUGAAAGGUUUUAAUUAAUUUUUAAGUGUUUUAAAAGUUUAGACAGAAAUCCAUUUUUAAUAGCAGGACUGCACCUCCACUGCAAUUUAACUAAAUAAAUUAGUUCACUCUUUUGAACUGCUAAACUCUG